UUAGCAACUGAAGUGCUGAUAAUUUUUAUACGCUUUUUUACUCGUCUGCAUCAACAUCGCACCAAGCUGUCGACCAGCACCCAGUUCAACAAACAUCGGGAACUUGUAAUCGCGAUGUUUUCGGUACAGCAACUGCAGGAUCUGUUCCCACUUGACCGGACUCGUUAUUUGUUUUACGAUUGCCGUGCGGAUUUCAGACUUUUUUGCAGGGUAUAUAUGACCGGUGUAGUUUGA